AUGGCGGCUCGUCGUCGAGUUCGAAGCCCUGAAGAUUUGAACGAAAACAACAAUGACGGGGGUUGCACAUUUGAACAAUUUAAUCGAACGCAUCCUCCCACCUUUGAUGGAAGAGGUGAAACAAACGCAGUGGAAGAUUGGAUUCAAGACAUUGAAGAAAUAUUCAGUAUUUUGGAGUGUACCGAUCAGCCGAAAGUUCGAUUUGCAGCUUUUGAACUAAUUGGAGAAGCGAAGAGAUGGUUGAAUUCUGAAAAAGUAAUCAGGGAAGCUGAGGGGACUGGAGUGAUUGUUUGGGCUCAAUUCAAGCAUAAUUUCUUUGAUCGUUUCUUCCCUAAAGCAGAUACGGAAGCUAGAGCUAGAGAGUUCACCAACUUGGUGUAA